UAAUUAAAGAGUUGAUUUUACUUACAAUAGAUUUUAAAAGUAUAAAUUAUGAGUCAGUUCGCAUAUUUAAGAUUUUAUCAGCAGAUAUCCAAUCAAAGAAAUAGAAUAAUUUGAAUUCAAAAAUUAGUUACCGAUUCGCGCGCAGUAGUUAUUAACUAUUUAAAUUAAUUGUAAUUUAAAUUAUUGUUAAUUACCAAAUCACUAUUUACCUAACGUAGAAGAUAAACGAAUAUUUGAAAUACUACAUGAUUACAUAAAAAUAAAAGAAGAUCAUGUUCGUGAUUGUAAUGAAGGAGCAUCUGGAUACGAUCUACUAUUUGCAGUUUUUAAUCUUGCAAUAACAGCAUUAUCUAAAGGAUACACUAUGGUAGCCCAUGCUUACAGAUAUCGUCAGUUACACUGCACAGAUCCUAAUGCAUGGAAACCAGAAUUACGUGAUGCUCUAGAUGACUACAAGAAGACAGUGCUUCUGAUUGCAGAAGUCGCUAGGGAUUUUGCGGAACGAGAAUCUAAAGCAAUUCGUCGUUGUGAUCCUGAGCCAACUAAAUUCAUAGAAGGUGUAAACUAUCAAAGUUAUCAAUUUCUGACAACAUUCGUAUCAAACGAUUACAUAUUAGACAACAGAAAUUAUAUCAUUAACGGUCUGAGCUCUGGUCAACGCACAUCUGCAUUUUGCGACGGAGUCAUUUAUGAUAGGACAUACGAAGCAUAUUCAUUAGGAGCUUGUGUUGCGCCACUAAAUAGUACAAGACGAUACGACUACGUAUCAGUCUUGGGUGGAGAUUUUUACUAUUACAAUAAAGGCCGUGUAACUAAAGACUGUGAUGUCGAUUAUGGAUUAUACCACUCUAAAACCGAUCUUCAUUUUUGGUUUUAUAGAUACAUUUGUGAAGAGCCUGCUUCAGGAAAAAAGGCUGCUUACUUAAAUAUUACAGCACAGUACUCUGACUUCAAUAAUGAACGAGUUAUCACAGGAAUUCGUUUGGUUACGAAAUUAUCAAUAACAUACUUCGAAAUCCAAGAAGGAGUACUUGUGAACGGCACUGUUGAUAACAAUACUAUUAAUUGGAAUGAUGAAGUUACCAAAAGACUCGAUGAUUAUGAAAAACACAAUCGGUUGCCUUCUUAUACGAAUGGUGAUUUGAUAAGACUGACUUAUGACUUAAGAUCAUUAGAUCUAGAUGAUAUAGUUUUGCCCGCAGGAGUAGUUGCCGUUGGUGUACAAUUUCGAGUCGUGAAAGAUCAUUUGACUUUUCGAGUAGCGGGAAUACGAAUAUUUAAUGAAUUAGGGCAGCCCGUUAAUUCUUCCAAAGUAGAAUGGUUUAAUCACACUAACCCUAACAAAAAGGAGUUACUGAUAAAUGAUCUCGAUAUUCCAACGUUUGGCAAGAAAGCGAAUGUAGAAUUGAGUAAACCAGGAGAAAAUUAUAUCAAAUUUCAAAUGACUAGCUGGACUUUAGAUGCCGGACAGACAUUAUACCCAUUCAUAGAUUUGCAAGAAGUGACUACUUAUCCACCAGCACCUAUUGGAGGUGUUGGAUUAUUCUACAAAGGUCAACCGGGAUUCGGAGGAUUCAUUGCGCCCAAGCUGAUAAGCACUGAUCAUACUAUUUUUAUGAGUGAAGAAUAUUUGAAUAAUAUAUUUAAAAACAGUACAAGUAAUCUUUUGAUUACAGACUUGGAAAAUCUAUCAAAUGAUAAUUACGUACGGUACAAUAUCAUACCAGUGUAAAAAUAUUAAUCCUUCAUUGAAAAAAAGAUUUCUUGGCGCAAAAAAUUUUUACUUGCCCCAAGAAUAUUUUUAUUUGCGCCAAGAAAUUUUUUGUAGUCUUAAGAAAAUUGUCGUCUUUAAUUCAAAGUGUAAAAUAUUUUUUGCACCAUAAAAUCCGCUUUUUCUAAGUAUAGAAUUUUUUUUUUUACUUUUCAUAUAAAAAUAAUUUUUUAAAAAUUAUAAAAAUUUUUUAAAAUAAAUACCU